AUGGAGGGUCCCCAUAUUCUGAACACACGCUGGUGUCUCUCCAGGUACACGGCAGAUCUUCUGGAGGUACUGAAAACCAAUUACAGCAUUCCCUCUGCCUGCUUCUCUCACCCUCCCACAGCAGCCCAACUUCUGAGAGCAUCGGGCCCUGUGGAAAUUUCUCUCACGGUCAUCAUGACCUUGCUUGCCCUGGGCUCAGUUGCCAUCUUCCUGGAGGAUGCUGUCUACCUAUACAAGAACACUUACUGCCCCAUCAAGAGGAAGACUCUGCUCUGGAGCAGCUCUGCACCCACGAUAGUGUCUGUGUUCUGCUGCUUUGGUCUCUGGAUCCCUCGUGCCCUCAUGCUCGUGGAAAUGGCCAUAACCUCGUUUUAUGCGAUGUGCUUUUACCUGCUGAUGCAGGUCAUGGUGGAAGGCUUUGGUGGGAAGGAGGCAGUAGUAAGGACACUGAAGGACACCCCAGUGAUGAUCCACACAGGCCCCUGCUGCUGCUGCUGCCCCUGCUGCCCACAACUCAUGCUCACCAGGAAAAAGCUUCAGCUGCUGAUGUUGGGCCCCUUCCAGUAUGCCUUCUUCAAGAUAACACUGAGCCUGGUGGGCCUGUUUCUCCUCCCUGAUGGCAUCUAUGACCCAGCAGAUAUUUCAGAGAAGAGCACAGCUCUAUGGAUCAACGUUUUCCUUGGUGUGUCCACCCUGUUAGCUCUGUGGACCCUGGGCAUCCUUUUUCGUCAAGCCAAGCUGCACCUGGGCGAGCAGAACAUAGGAGCCAAAUUUGUUCUGUUCCAGGUUCUCCUUAUUCUGACUGCCCUGCAGCCAUCCAUCUUCUCAGUCUUGGCCAACGGUGGGCAGAUUGCUUGUUCGCCUCCCUUUUCUUCUAAAAUCAGGUCUCAAGUGAUGAACUGCCACCUCCUCAUCCUGGAGACUUUUCUGAUAACCGUGCUCACACGAAUAUACUACCGAAGGAAAGAUGACAAGGUUGGAUAUGAACCUUUCUCUUCUCCAAACCUGGAUUUGAACCUCAAAGCUGGAGGUGGAUUGCUUGGACAAUGAAAGAGACACUGCACUCAUUAGAUGGGCACAAGAUUUCUUUACUGUUCCUCAGCUUUGACCAAAUGGGGAUGGAUUCCAUUGUCAGAGCAAGCUGGCUAAUGGUAUACACUUGACUGUAGACACGAAUGUGAACUAUGCAAUAGGAUGAAAUUGUUUUGGAUCUUGCCUGAGGAAGGUAUUUUAAGUUUUAUAAUAAACAAACAGGAUGGAGUUUGAUGUUCUACAA